AGUCACAGGAUUGCUUCACAUACUGAAGAGAUCAGUGGAGUGAGACCAAUUAGAUGAUGGUUUCUGAUCCUUCCAUAGUGAGCGUUCAAGAGCUCGUCAAAGAACCCUUGGACUCCAUACCUGAGAGCUUCAUUCGUCUCGACCAGACCCGGCCUCAUGUCCUUCCAUCAAAGUCCGAUCACAUACCCACAAUUCCCACCAUCGACAUGGUGAAAAUCUUGGAGCCGUCUGACCGGAGCUUGAAUGAUGAACUCGAGAGGCUGCAUUUCGCUUGCAGUGAAUGGGGUAUCUUUCAGCUGGUGAACCAUGGGGUGAGCUUAUCACUUCUGCAAAAGCUAGGGCUUGAGAUUGAAGAAUUCUUCAAGCUUCCCUUGGAAGAGAAAAUGAAGUACAAGCCGAAUCCCGGAGAAAGCGAAGGAUAUGGAAACGUGAUGAGGUCAGAGAAGAAUGUGCUAGACUGGGGCGAUAGACUCUUCAUGGCAAUUAAUCCCAUUUCUCUAAGGAAGCCCCAUCUAUUUCCCGAGCUCCCAGCACCAUUAAGGAGUAGCUUGGAAACCUAUAUAAAAGAGCUGAAAAAAAUUGCCCUUCAGAUCUUGAGAUCGCUUGCGAUAUGUUUGCAUAUCGAUACGAAUGUGAUAAUGGAGCUAUUUGAAGAAGAAAAGGAAUUCCAGGCACUAAGGAUGACCUACUACCCGCCCUGCCCACAGCCUGAGCUGGUCAUCGGGCUGACGCCUCACUCCGAUGCAACGGCAAUCACGAUACUCCACCAAAUCAACUGUGUGAAUGGCUUGCAGGUUAAGAGGAACGGUGUGUGGCUACCCAUCGACAUACUGCCUGAUGCAUUUGUUGUGAACGUUGGAGACAUUAUGGAGAUCUUGAGCAAUGGGACCUACCACAGCAUCGAGCACCAGGUGAUGGUUAACUCCGAGAGCGAAAGGAUGUCCCUUGCAAUGUUCUUUAACCCCAAGCUGGAUGCGCAAGUCGGGCCGGCAGCUUCUCUUAUAAGCCUGAAAAAUCAAGCACUCUUUAGGAAUAUUACAAUGAACGAGUACGUCCAAGGAUUAUUCUCCCAGAAGAUGGAUGGAAAAUCGUACUUGGAUCGAAUGAGGAUCACCAGCAGCGAACAAGCCAAGGAAACUUAAGGAAGUUACGAAUCAGUAUUCGUGUUCAUGCAUGGGGAUUUGAAUGUUGUACUAUGGUAACUGGAUAUACAUGUGAAGCUGUACAUGUGUAUGAUAGUCGAUCUGUAAGUUUAGUAUUUGAAAUAAUUUGGCAUUUUAUCAAUUGAUGAUAUGAUGGGAAUGAUUUUAACUGGUUUUGUGUUUGAGCCUGCAUCUUCAACUAUUACAGAGCCAU